AUGGCAAAAAGAUACGAUAACGAACAACUGAAUGGUGUUGAAAUUGUUAAAAAGACAAUGAAACUGGUAUCAGACCGGGUGACUAACUACACAAAGUGUUACGAAUCAGAUCUGAGCGAGGCAAGGGAAUCAAUAAAGACAUGUGCAGCAUCGGUAGUUGGUAUAAAGAAACAAGUUGACAAAUUAAGGAAGGACAUACAGAGAAAGAGUGAACACAACAUGACCAACAGGAGUGCGGAUCUUACCGGGGAGAAUAAGACAGAAUCAGUCGUAAAGACUUUUAACAGAUUCACUGAAACGACAACUCAACACCCGAUAAAGGUCCAUUUCCCAACAUAUGUGUGUAAUCCGAUGGCAAAGCGAUUUGUGGGAUUCCAGCAGCAACAAAGAAGGAGAAUCAAGCGAUUCUACGUACAUGGAAUCAACCGACAAAUAUCCUCAGAAGCUUCCAUGCGAAGCUAUCUUGAGGAAGCUAAUGUGCGCGUUACUUUGAUAAGGUAUUUUGAGAAACGGUGGAAAAACACGGCAUCAGCGCAAUUGAACAUAGUAGCGGAGGACGCAGAUAUUAUCAGCGAUGAGUCGUUCUGGCCCGAAGGAAUCCGAAUGAGGGAAUGGCAGCCACGCGAAAUUUUCUUGAAUGGGAUGUUCUUUGUCAACUCCUCCUCCGCCUACUCCCACUCCCCCUCCUCCGCCUACUCCCACUCCUCCGCCUACUCCCACACCUCCUCCUUCGCCUACUCCCACUCCUCCGCCUACUCCAUCUCCUCCUCUGGACCCGAGGAUGAAGAGGAAAAUAGUUCUGAUUUUCUGUACCCGUCCGAAAGUGCUGACAAUGAUGAGGUUAAAGAGAAGAAAAUAUUACCCUCGUAUCCAAAGCCAGCCCCUGUUACAGAUAUAACAAAACUCAAAAGGGGUACAGGAGUAAAAUGGUUCGCGAAUUGGGUACCUCAGAUGGAGGAAGAUGUCGAAGACCUUGUUGAGACUGAUCCUGACACGCUAAAUCAACAGGGAAUACGUACCAAACAAGACCUUGACGCACAUGCUCGGAAGGCACCGGUCUCUUUAAAUGCCAGUUUCCCUGACCUGAUAGCCUUUCUUACCGACAACCUUGAACACUCUGAUCGACCUGAGGUGUUCAGGGCUAGAGCGUUAAUGGUCUGGCUCAGCGUCCAAGAUGUGGACUCCAAUACCUACUCUCCUGGCGCAGAAAAAACUACAUACUCCACAUUUUUCCUGGUGCUUUGCAGAAAAGCUAACAUACAAUGCACGCAAAUUGAGGGAAUGUGUAAAGCGAGUGGCUACCAGCCGGGUGAUUUAGACGGAGACAAACUAAGGUGUGUUUGGAACGCGAUAUAUGUAGAAGGGGCGUGGCACAUCGUUCAUCCGUUCUGGAUCUGCAGAUGCGUGGUAGGAAGGAAUGCUGGUGGCUGGAUCAAACUCGAGGAAGGAGGCCAAACCAUCGGCAAAAAGGAAACAGAAGCUAUAGGAGUAAUGAAAAAUGCAUUUGAGGAAUAUUAUUUUAUGACAAAUCCCAAUGAAUUCAAAUACAUGUGUCAUCCAAAUAAUGAAAAAUGGCAGCUUCUUGAUCAGACAAUAUCGCAGAAACAGUUUUUGAACCAAACUUACCUUUUAGCGCCAUUCUUUGGAUUAGGCUUUGUCAUGAAAUCAAAAGACGUUUGUGUGUAUCAAGCAGUAGAUGGGGAAGUCAAUAUCAAUAUCGCGGCUCCCGCGAAAAACGCGAAUGCCGUCGAAAUGUGGUACGAAUUUUUGCUGAAGGAUGGAAAUGGCGAAGAACUCGCAGAAGAGCAUGUCCUACUUUCGGUAAAAUCCUUGCCUAGGCUUGUCGCAAUGAUCCGAUGCGGGGAAAGAUGGAAGAUCCGCAUCCACUUCCCAGUAGAAGGAACGUACAAGCUACGCCUGUUCGGGGCACCAACUAAGACAACAUUUCUUCGUCUUGGUGAGUUUAGACUUGACUGUUUUUCACGACGAAAAGAAUGUAUACCGUUACCGAUAGAUCCAAAAGAAGUGGGUUUCGGACCUGGUCCAAUCUGUGAACAGGCAGGCUUGCUGUUCCCGUCAAACAGAAAUGGACAAUAUCCGGUACAAAAGAACAAAGAGAUGAGGUUCACUUUCCACCUUGACGAAGAGGUUGUCAAAUCCAUGGAAGUGAGAACUGAUCUCAUCAAAUCAACGUAUGUCGACGGGCAGUUUGACCAAAUGCAUUUGACGACGUUCGUCCAAAGCAAAGUUCUUCGAGAUCAAAGAGAACUUUUGAUUUCAGUCACAAUUUCAGAAGAUGGGGAAUAUGCUCUUACAAUUUCUGUCUUAUCAUCAGACUCUACAAGCGCUUCUGUGAAUGUCUGUAAUUAUCUCCUGUCGUCUGCUAUAACGCCAAACAGAGAGAUAUAG